AUCACCCCUCCACUCCCACCGUAUUCCACAGUAACGGGCCCCCCUUCCCUGCCCCCACCACCACACUACCCCCUUCUUCCUCAUUUGUCUCUAGCAAAAUAGAGCAUUGACCACGAGCUGUUCUUUCUCAGCGUCAAUGGCGCCUAGGAAUGGCUACACAGGAGAAGGAGGGAGCUCAGUCAUAUCCACGGAUCUAAGCCAUGGCAGUGUUGAAUCAGGCGAAUCUCUUCAGCCCGUCCAACCUACGGCCGAUGUACCUCCAGAAGAGAUUCCGGAUCCAGAGUUCUUUAGCAUAGAUACUUCCUCUCCACAUAGGUGCCAUCACGAAAUGCGUCUAGCAAGAAAAGUGGCUUUCGUCUACGCGGCCACAGGCAGGAGGUUCCUUGGAUGCCCUCUCUCGGGACCUGAUAGGUGCUCCUGGUUCAUGUGGAUAGAUGAAGCAUGGGGUCCUGUACUUAGCCGUUCAUUAAUACAACUCUGGGAUCAGGCUCUCCUGGACUCUGGAAGAGCAGCAAGGUUGCAGACAAAGAAAAAGGAAAUGGAGCAAGCAUACUUAGAGUUGUGGACUGAGAGGAGCAAUAUGGAGAUUGAAAACUAGCAGGUGGUCAACAAGUUGAAGACCACAAUACUCGACACUGAGAUUAAGAUGUCAAGGAGGUUGGAAUUUCACACUAAGAUGUGUGGCAUUUAUUUCUUCAGCUGUUACCCUUGCUUCAGUGCUCGCUUAUGUGCUGUCUGCACACUAGUGUAGUUUGUUGGUGAUCAUGUAUGUGCUGAAUUAGGAUGUUUCGCCACAUUGUAUGACCAUUAAGUUACACCGGUAUGUUUUAUUCUGUAUGUGCCAACUGAGUUCUAGUUUGCAGAGCCCGAAUUAAGUUGUUAUUUAUCCCUAAAUAUUUUAUUAUUACCUCCCUUGGCAAGAUCACUCAUGUUCGGUUUUGUUUC